AUGGCCUCGGCGAUUCAAGCCGUUGUUCGGAGGAGGGGGCAGGAUACGUGCAUCCACCAUACCGGAAAGAUUAUAGCGUUCCUUUGUGAAAAUUGCAGCGAAGUGGCAUGUAUGAAAUGUGUGGGUUCACGGCACAAGGGACACGACUUGACAGAGUUGAGUGACAUUGCCGAGCAGCAAAAAAUAGAAAUGAUCAAAUUCAUCAGCGAAGUUGAAAAUAACAGGUUGCCAAAUAUGAAAGACAGCAUUGAAUCAGUUGAAAAACUAAAAGCGGAUACCACGAAUUAUUUCAACAAGCUAGAGACAACAGUUCAAGAUCAAGGGGACAAACUGAAGCAAGCCAUCGAUGUAUUGAUCGCAAAAUCUUCGUCGUUAUGUCGGAGGCUGAAAGAAGAUAACAUACAACUUCUGAACGACUACAAGAAAUGCCUUUCAGAUAUUUACGAGGGUCUCGGCAAACAAUUACACGAAUGUAAAACACAACUUCAAGACGCAUCCGUUCUGGAGCUUUUUGACACCGGACAUGCAUUUCGAAGCCUCGCUUUGAAUUUACCCGACAAGCCAAGGUUACAUACAGUAGUCUUUGAAGCACCUGCGCACUACCAACCUUAUUUGGAAGAAGCAUUUGGAACGUUGACCACCGAUGACCAAGGUCAGCCAGAUUCUACUCUGCAGCCAGGUGCACCGACGGAGGACCGAUCGUCUUCAGGUACGGUAAUGGCGAAAAGACAGGAAGUGAACUACAACCUCUCACACCAGACAAACAUCCUUGGAAAAUUCAAUACUAAAGGAAUUGGCAAUAAGGUAUGUGCCACCGAAAAAGAAGAAAUUUGGAUUUCAUACUCGAACAGUCUCCAACUUUUGAGCAAGAAAGGUGAGAUACGACGGGAAAUAAAAUUCAACGUGAGAAUUACAGAUGUCUGUAUAUCACCUCGAACCAAGAAGAUUUGGAUUUGCUCUGAUACAGAUUCCAGCAUCAUGGAUUGCGCAUUAGGAGUGCCAAAUUUGCGAUUCAAUUGUAAGAGCAAACCCAUUUGUCUGUGUGUAACCGCGGCCAAUCACGUCUUGGUGGGAAUGUCGCAAAAAGUGACCAAGUUCUCACAGAAAGGGGAACCGCUCCUCAGCACCAAGACUACAACUUCUGGAAAACCCAUAGUUCGCUUACCACAGAAAAUAGCAGAAUGUCGACUGACACAGAACUUGGCUGUAGUUGAGAGACAGAGUUAUGACGAGUAUAACACAAAACAAGUUCUUGUUAUGAACAAAGAGUUUGAAGAGUUGUUCCGAUACAAAGGAGGCAGAGCAGAGGGCCAAAAAACAGCAGAAGCCAUAUUUGACCCCUGGGAUGUAACCUUCGACAAUGCCGGGAAUCUUCUCAUCGCCGACUGUAACAAUCACAGAGUGCUCCUCGUUAGCUGUGAAGGAGAAUUCCUGAGGACUGUGUUCACAGAUGAGAGAAGUGCACAAGCUAUCUGUAUAGACAGAAGCCUCAUCCUCUGGGCGGUGUUCGGUGAUGAAGUGAAGCGUCUACAAUACUACAGCGGCUGA